UCCUCGUCUUCGUCUUAAUCUAACUCACUCCUCAGCCCUCCCCUCUCUCUCUCACACACACACUCUGUCUCUGCCUCUCUCUCCCACUUUCUCCAUUAGCUGCCAGUGCUUGGUCUCAUUCAGAGCAGAGAUGUUUGUCUGAUUAAACUCUGGAUAACGGAAGAAGCUGCAGGAUCCUUUUUUAGGGGAUUUUAAUCGUGGGAAAGUGACGCCCGGAUCCAGGGCGACCACACUUGGGCCACCAUGUUGGGGCAGAGUGUCCGUUUGCAGCCGGUUCCCAUCCAGAGCCUGUCGGAGCUGGAGCGAGCCCGGCUACAGGAAGUGGCCUUGUACCACCUGGAGGAGAGAGACCUGGACUUCAAGAUCAGCAUCCCCAGAGAAAUACGUAAACGGAGAAAAUCUCUGCGCAGGAAGUUUGACUCCUUCUCCAAGGAGAAGAAAGAGCGAGAAUCUGCUCCGAAGGCGUUUGGCAUCCCGCUGUCUCAGGUCAUCGCCAACGAUCGGGCCUACAAGCGCCAGCAGGACGCCCUGAAGGAGAGCCGGCGGGACUGUCUGGAGCUGGAGGCCAGCAUCCUGCGCUUCAGGGCCGAGAAGAGGCAGUUCUUCAAUGGGAGCAAACCUCUGGGCAGCUCCUCGUCAAUCACUGGAGGAGGCCCCGGCUCGCCAUCCGCCAACUCGGUGGCACCAGCACCGGUUUGUGACGCCCAGAACAAACCGAUGUCACCCACAUUCUUGGAUAACAGCGGCAGAGGACAGAGGAGGGGAGGUCUGUCGGUGGACUCCAUCUCUGACCUCGUGGAGAGUCAGUCUCGCCUGCUGGAGGCACUGCAGCUUUCCCACCCAGCCGAGCUGGAGCUGAAAAAGUCUCCGGGCGGUGGAUCCUCAGAGGGCAGAACCCAGACCAAGCUGAGCCUGAACCCCAUCUACAGGCAGGUUCCCCGGGUGCUGGAGAGAUGCUGCAGCCACAUCGAGACCUACGGUCUUCAGACUGUCGGCAUCUUCAGGGUCGGGAGCUCUAAGAAGAGAGUCAGACAGCUGCGGGACGACUUCGACAUGGGCGUGGACGUCCAGCUGGACGAGGAGCACAGUGUCCAUGACGUCGCAGCGCUGCUCAAAGAGUUUCUGAGGGACAUGCCUGAUCCUCUGCUGCCCAGAGAGCUGUACCCGGCCUUCCUGCACGCCAACCUGCUACGAGGAGCCGACCAGCUUCAGUACCUGCAGCACCUCCUCUACCUGCUGCCUCCCUGUAACUGCGACACGCUGCUGCGACUCCUCACCUUGUUGCACACUGUCCAGGGCUUCGCUCAGGACUCCAUCGGGACCAACGACGAGGAGAUUCCUGGUAACAAGAUGACUGCCGCCAACCUGGCCGUGAUCUUUGGUCCCAACCUGCUGCAGAGAGAACGAGGCGGAGACGUGAGUCCUCAGGCGAUGGGGAUCGAGGACAGUACAGCGAUCAUCAACGUCACUCUGGUGCUCAUCCAGAACCACAAGAGGCUCUUCAACGUUUCUGCAGAGCUGCAGCAGGAAGUUCUCAUGAGUCUGAUCCAGACCGACCCCGACAUCAUCGACUACCUGCUGCGAAGGAAACUCAGCGGUAGCCACCUGACAGGAGAGGGCAGCGGGGAGUCUGGGGGCCGUCGGGACACUGGGGCCUCUCUGGACUCAGUGGGGGCCUCCAGUGGGAGUCUGUCCCCUUUGGAGCCCCCAUCACCACUGUUCCCCCCCGACGGCAGCGGAGGCGAAGGCAGCCUGACCAGCGAGGUGUUCCUCAACGUCCUCAAACUGAACCAAAACAGGAAACGUCAGGAGACCAGAUACGGUGAGGCGCCUCCAGGUAAAUCUAUUCGCCACAUGCGUCAGUUCCACUCCCACCACAACUUGCUGAGCCUGGCCCAGCCCUCCUCCUCCUCCCCAUCCUCCGGCUCCAGGACCCAGGCUCCAGACCAGGACCAGGACCGACGGGGCCCGCUGGGUUCGGCCCUCAGCUUCAGCCUGGGCGGUACUGGAGGAAGCUGCUCCAGUCUGAGCGGCUCCAGCGACGGCAGCAUCUGGGUCCGACAGACACCACAGGACGACAGCAAGGCGUCGCCAGCCGCCAACUUCUGGGACUUCUUCACUGGGAAAGGCUCGGGCUCAGAGACGAUGGUAUGAUGAAUGGCGAGAGGAAGAGGAGGAUGGGAGUGCUGCAUUCAGGGGUCGGAAAACCUCCAAAACAGAAACAUUUCCUGGCAUUUAAAGGAUCAAAUUGUACUAAACAUCAACACCACACACCUCCUCACUUAACCUUUCUCACCAGCAUUCAUAUUUUCCCAGUCAGAAGUUGGAAUUUCCCACAUUUUUUUGCACCUCUUGAAUGCAGCAUGGGAACUUGAGAGACAGAAAAACCUGAAGAAGGAAACAUUCACUCAGACUUUUCUUAAAAGCCAGUUUGGGUUUGAAACUUUCACCAAAUGAAAUGAGAUUAUGUGGAAGCAGAUGCAGUAAUAACAGAUGUACAUAAUGUACAAAUACCAGCUUGUCUUUACUCCCUAGAAUAACCAUAGCUGCAUAGACUAAGACCCUGAACAUACCGAUACAGUACGAUGCUUCUGGUUGCUCUUCGUGUUUCCUGUAACCUGCAAACGUGAACCUGCAAACGUGAAUCAUGAGAUUUUAAAAAAAAAACAAAAAAAAACUCAAAACCAAAAUAAACUACGGAGUCAGAAAUGAGAGACUAAGAAAAGAUUCGGAUGAAAUCUGGUUGAAAGGUACAGCAAAUACUUAAACAUGUAAUUAGGGACAAGUUUCACGUUGACAUUCGACCUUUUCCAUUUUUUUUUAACAAAUAUUUUUAAAUAAAUCCUAACAAGAACUCCAUCUUCUUCUCUGUUUUGGCAUUUUGAUUCAAAAAGAGUCCAAAAAGCAGCUGAAUGACCUACUUGAUGCUUCGGUUUACGGUUAAAAUGCUGCCAGAUACAACAAAAAUGACUCAAGCGAACAAAAGAUGGUCGAUUGCUUGCUGUAUUUAUUUUUUUCCCCUGUUUUAUGUCCAGAGAUUAAAGGGUCAUUCAGGAUUGGAGGACAUUUGGGCUUUCAAAUUCUUGAAAAAUACACCUUCUCUUUUACAGUUUUCUGCUCUAUAUCCAUCAAUAAUAGGUAAUAAACUAUCAAAGUCUUAAUUUGCACAGCUUACACAUCAGUCGUAUUAUUUUUAUUCCAUGUUUUAUUUGUUGUUUGCUAACCCUACUCUAAUCACAAUAACAGGGUUGCUAAUCCAUGCUAAUGUUAGCUUUUUCUCAUGACUAGAAGCUACAUAUUUAGCUAGCUGUUACUGCUGACCAAGAGGACAAACUGAUGUAAAGAGAAUCUAAAUCUGUCUUAAAUAAAAUAGAGGACAUAACUUUGUUCAACCCUUUCUUUAGGAAAACUGUUCGAUGAUGUUAAUUCCAGCGUUUCAUGUGAUUCACUGUUUCUUCUUCUUCUACCAGCUAAAAGGUUAUGCUAACAGGGUUGUUGUGGGGCACGGGUUCAAUGCAAAAUAGUUAUUAAAAAUACUAUGUUGAAUUUUAAAAAACAUGUUCCCACAAUUACAAGAGACAUCAAUGGAAAAAAAACAAAUACAGAAGAUUUAAAUUUAAUUUAAACUGUUUCAUUUGAGAUUCAAUUUGAUCAUCGGGGGGUUGGACAACAGAAAAAUGGCAUUUUAGGGGGAACGCCAGACUUAUUUGGUAUUUUUAGAAAUAUUUUUUUAAGAUAAGUAAAUUUACAGAAAAAUUGCAUGUUUUAGCAUUUUGCACAUGAAUUAUUUGAAAUUUGAUGGGUGGGAUGUAAAAUCGCCUCCAAUUCUGGAAUGACCCUAAAACUGAGCCGAAGCUCGUUGAUAAGUGGUCAAAACUGAACUACAGAUACGCAGAACUGGUUUCACAGAAAUCUAUAAUCAAAACUUCUAACUAGUUGCAGUAUAUUUAGUCCAAAUUCCAUCUCUUGACUUGCUUCCCGUAGAUACCAACUGUCUGUUUUAAAACAUCUUGCAGCAUCUUUCCAAAGUGAGACACUUUCACCAACAGAACACCAGAUAGAUGUAUGUGAUCAAUUAUCAGCUCUUCUCACCACUAGAUGGCGCCGUUUGCUGCUGCUGUGCUCUGCUCACACUUGUAGCUUUUAGUGCCAAACAACUAGCAGCUGUUUGUGUCUUUGUGGUAGUUUCCUGUUGUUGUAUGGAGACUUUUCUACCUGCUAAAUCCUUCAGAAGUUGUACAGAGUUCAUCCUGCGCCUGGAUUCUUCUUCUGGAUUUUUUUCCCCUCUUUUUCUAAUCUCGUUUGACGAUGUACCUGCAGAGAAUUAAAUGUCAAACUGCC